UUCACGAGCGUAAAAAAGGGACCUGAACCGGAAACCAAACUUCUUUCUUGAAACUUUUUCUCCGAGGCAAAAGAGGAAAACGAAGCGACCAUUGGUGUCACAGACUGCACAGUUCCCUCUUUUCAGCAUUUAUGACUAUUGCUGGAAAUGUGUCAGCUGCUCACCAGCAGGCAGCCGUUUCACAGCGUUUCUGAGCAGGACACUGAGAAAGACGUCGUGUGAUUUUGGGCAAGUCUGCAGCCACAUAACGGACCCGCUGCUUUAUCAUGGAAGAUGGUACAAAGGAGAACACUGCUCAGCAAAAUAAGCCAAAGUUCUUGAGUAAGGCUGGCUGGGUGAAAAAGGCCCAUGGCCGCCUGCUGACGAGCUACAAAGACCGCUACCUCCAUGUGGAGAAGUCGGAGGUGGUGGUGUAUGAAAAUGAGGAUCUGCAGAACUGCCUUGAGCGGCUGGACAUGGAAAACUAUGAAACAUGCCAUGAAUUGAAGAGUCCCUUCAAGAAGAAGCACAGACUGGUUCUGAUACGGUCUCCAAAGUCUGGAAAUAAGAUCCAUGAUGUGAAGUUCCAGACUCAGACUGUGGAGGAGAAGGAGGCCUGGAUCAAAGCCCUCAGUGAUUGCAUCAACAGAGCUAAAAACAAAGUCUUUGAUGAGGUGAAAGUUGAUGAAAGCAGUAAUUUAGAGCAUAUUACCCGAACAAGACCUCAGGGAAACCGCAACCGGCGCCCACCAACCAGGAUCCACAUGAAAGAGGUGGCAGAGGUGUCCUCUGAUGGUGUCCUGCGUUUGGAUCUUAAUCUUGAGGAUGCUGUGAUGCCUAAUGGGACAAAUACUGCUAAAACAAACAGUACUGAAAGUCCUGAAACAGCUGUUGCAGGGAAACAAUCAGUGUUAAGGACAAACGAGGAGAAGAAAGCCAUCAAACCUCCCAUGCCUCCCACCAAGGAGGCUAAAUCCAGUGCUGUACCUGAGAAUGAGCCUAAUAAACAAGAUGAAGAAGAAAAGGUUGUGAAACCACCAAUGCUUCCAUCAAAAGAAUCUAAACCCAGUGUUACCUCUGGGGAGGUGAUUUUACAAGAUGAAAAUACUAAUGAUAAGAAAAGCACAAACCCACCACCAACACCUCCCAAUAAGCCCAGCUCCGGUGGGUCAUUGAGCAACCCUGGAGAAGUGUUACCAACCUCACCGAACCACCACCCCCCAACACCUCCGUCCAAAGACAAGAAGCCUUCACAAAUGGUUGUGGAGCUCAACCAACAGUCACGAGAUAUAGCUACUGAACAAAGUGAGGACGAAACAGCAAUGAUCAAUGAUGAGGUAGACCAGUCUGAGGAAACUGUCCAAAAUGGUGAACCAAAAAUGACCUCUAACAAACCCAAAGUUCUGCCAGAAGACCUGUCAACAGUUACUCAACCUAAGGGAUCACACUCCACUGCUUCUGAUACGUCAGCACAUUCUCUGAAAGGAGAGGAGGCUUCACUGCAGAGCGUCCCCUCAGUAGUUGUCUGCACAGAUGACCCACUCACUGAGACGCUCAACCUGAGUCCGCUUCUCCACCUGCCAGGAGAGAAGAAAAAGAAAGCCGAGGAGAAAUCUGUAGACAGUGGUCAGCACUCUGACGAUGAGAGUGAAGGCUCUGUGAGUGAAGACACACUGGCAGCUUCCACAGCUGCUCUCCAUGGAAGCCAUGCUGGCCUGGAUGUGUGGGAUGGCACUGAAGAUGAAAGGAAAAUCUCUGUUAACUUAAGGCCAUCAGCCAGUCUUCAGGUUAAACCAGAUGUCACUCCCUGUCGGCGCUCAGAGCCUUUCCAGAAACCUUUCAAAUCGUCAAUCAAGGCCAGGUCUGCAUCAAUCGGAGACCUACUGUCUGACUCCCUGGGCUCCGGUCAGCUGAAAACCACCUGCAAAGCUGAAAAUGAAGGGAGUAUAUCACUCUUUCAAAAUUCUGUAACAAAGCUUGAGACCGAAGUGGCUCUGGAGAUGAAAAAUACGAGUGAGCUCCUCAGUCAGGCUCAGGAGAGAAGUUACGCUGCGGUAAUGCCGGAGGAUCUGCUUACUAAAGCGCUGGAGAAGCUCCAGAGGGCUGACUGCGUCCUCAGAGAGGUCAGGAAAUUGAAAAUCACAAAGAAGAGGAUGAGCUGGUAAAUAAGCAACAGCCAAUCAACUAGGAAUUCACUGAUUGGACAGUUAUUCUCUGGUCAAAGGAUGUAAACCCAAACGCACCCAAAUAAUUUAAAAAGGGUUAUGUUGGUUUGGGGGCAUAAAACUCUGGUCUUUCUAUGGAACUGAGUUUGACCUGUAUAUUUUGCUGUCAAAUAUUGGCUGACAGUCUUUUAACAUUAGGAUAAACUCAUUUAGUCUACUUAGAUAUGAAAUAAGUAAGCCCUUAUGAAAAAAACAAGUUAAAAAUGUUUUUUGCUGGAUGUGUUAGUAUUUUACUAACAGUUUGGUAAACUAGCAUAGGUCAGGUUGGAGGAAGUUACAACCUCUUACAGUGGGCAAAUGUAUCUCACUUUUAACAGAUAGAGCAUCCCAUGCAGCUUCUUAUAAACAACACAGUACCACUCUUUGCACAUUUACUGCUUCAGUUUGUUUUGUUAAAUCAUAACCUGAAAGAAAAGAAUUCUUUUAACAGCAAAUUAAGAAAAAUGUUAUGAUUUUCUCUGGGAACCUUAGCUUUUCUUUCAGAGACAUACACCAUUCAUUUGAGGGAUUGUAUGAUGUACAUACUUGAUCAUUCUUCUGCAGCAUAUAUUUUAUUGUUGAUAGUGGAAUUAAAAUGCACCUAUAUAGCUCAGGAGUUUUCAGUCUAACUACAUGAUUAAUGCAAAUAAAAAUGUUUCUGUUUCACAUAAAGGGAUCAGUUUUUAACAAUAAUAUAUAUUUUUGUACUGGUAUUGUACUUUGCACAGAGCAAAGCUCACUUUAACCCAUUUUACAGUUUAGUCCUUCAUAAAAAAUGAAAUUUGUGAACAAUUUCUUACAUCAUAAUCUACACAGAUACAUUUCUCUUCAUUACCAGAAAACAAUUUUAAAUAUGUCUCAGCAUAUGUAUGUAAGAGUAUUUUCUAAUAAUGGUUUUGUACACUGAUUAAACAAACUUUUGAUAAUGCUGAAAUAAACCAGGAGAAGCAUU